ACUGCUCAGAGCACAGUGUUCCACCUCAAGUGGUUGCCGAGUUGGCCAUGUCAAGGUGCCUUGGCUCCAGGUCCAUCAGCUGCGUGGCCUUGAUUCUGGCUUGGGCGACGUUGAUGCGCAGCGGCAGUUUCUGUCGUCCGGCUCGUGCCAGGACGCAGGCUUUGGGAAAGGCGAGCGAGGAUCCAGAAAUGCUGUCGAUGGAGAGCGUCCCUUCAGGAAAUGUCAGCCGCCCAACACCGCGUCAAGAGCUGGAGCUUUUCCAGCCACCUUUGAACCACCACCUCACAGACUGUAUCGAAACAGGCAUUGACUUGAUGGGCCCCUUGACUUGAAGCGGCGGCAUGGUGGCUAUGGCUGCCAUUUUUUCCAAACCAAGUGGACUGGCAAGCUUGGCGCCCAGCGUUCACAUCUUGCCCGUGCUGGUGAUUUUGUACCUGCUCUUCAAGUUUCGUUCAUAAUAGAGGGGUGUGGUUCCAGCGAUGCUGUGUGGCGCCGCCCUGUGCUGUGUUUCUUCCUUCCCGCAGGCUGUGCAUCGGCCUACUUGGGAAGUCCAGCCAUGUUGAUGAGACGUCUUCCAUGCUAGAUAGCACAGGGCAUGUGGCUGUUGUGUGUAUAGUUUUUGGUUGCCAACUUGAUUUGAGGGUCUAGAACCGGACCAGUGGACUUCUAGAAGUGGUUGUGUGCGACGCGUUCGCUUGCUGCAGCUGUGCAGUGAGAUCCCCGAGAGGGGUGUCGGCCCAUCCCAAAGGUUGACAUCAUAGCUGCAUUUGAGUUCAGGGUGGGCUCAUCCCGCCAGAGGCUCGUAGCGAGAGACGAGCAGAAUUUUGAUCAUUCUCAGCCUUGUGGAAGUAGAUGUUUGAGCUUCCGUGGGGAAGAUUUUGUGUCACUGGCAACUUAACCAAAAACGCUUUGUUUGUGAUGGAUCGUGUGACAGGAAUUUUCUCUGAUCGAUGUUGACCUGUCCAUGUUCUUCCUGGUAGAAAAUAGGGAGAUCAGGGCAGGCCACAGUGGUGGGAUAGUGGAGCCUUCCCAAGCGGGGAGU